AUGUCAGCGAGAAAGAAAUUAGCGGAAGACGUGAUUCAAAAUCUUGUGGAUAAUCUUGAGGAUAUUUCCGACUUGUCGGAAUGUGAUGAGAAUGAUGACCCGUGUUGGGGAGAUUUUGUUUCUAGUCCUGCAGAUUCCUAUAUAAGUUUACCAGCAGAACAGGUCCUUGAAAGACGUCUAGAGGAAAUGUUUGGACCAGAAGUCAAUUACGAAGACGUUUUUCCAGGGACAGAAGUUAUAGAGCAACAAAAUGUCAAUCUUUUAGAAAUUUUAGAGUCUGUAAUCACAAUAUUUCUCGGGUACCUAGUCUAG